AUCACUCCUACAAUCGGAUUCUCUCUCCACAAUGGAUCUCAGUGCUGCAAGUCACCGCAUACCUCUAAGUGAUGGAAACAGCAUUCCCAUCAUCGGACUUGGUACCUACUCAGAACCUAAAUCAACCCCUAAGGGAGCCUGUGCAACAUCGGUGAAGGCUGCUAUUGACACAGGGUACCGACAUAUUGAUGGCGCCUACAUCUACCAAAAUGAACACGAAGUUGGGGAGGCCAUCAGGGAGAAGAUAGCAGAAGGAAAGGUGCGGAGGGAAGAUAUUUUCUACUGUGGAAAGCUAUGGGCUACAAAUCACGUCCCAGAGAUGGUCCGCCCAACCCUGGAGAGGACACUCAGGGUCCUCCAGCUAGACUACGUGGAUCUUUACAUCAUUGAAGUACCCAUGGCCUUUAAGGCUAUGGAAGCUUGCAAAGAUGCUGGCUUGGUGAAAUCUCUGGGAGUGUCCAAUUUUAACCGCAGGCAGCUGGAGCUCAUCCUGAACAAGCCGGGACUCAAAUACAAGCCGGUCAGCAACCAGGUUGAGUGCCAUCCGUAUUUCACGCAGCCAAAACUCUUGAAAUUUUGCCAACAACAUGACAUUGUCAUUAUUGCAUAUAGCCCUUUGGGAACCAGUAGGAAUCCAAUCUGGGUGAAUGUUUCUUCUCCACCUUUGUUAAAGGAUGCGCUUCUAAACUCAUUGGGGAAAAGGUACAAUAAGACAGCAGCUCAAAUUGUUUUGCGUUUCAACAUCCAGCGAGGGGUGGUUGUCAUUCCUAAAAGCUUCAAUCUUGAAAGGAUCAAAGAAAAUUUUCAGAUCUUUGACUUUUCUCUCACUGAAGAAGAAAUGAAGGACAUUGAAGCCUUGAAUAAAAAUGUCCGCUUUGUGCCAUUGCUCAUGUGGCGCGAUCAUCCUGAAUACCCGUUUCAUGAUGAAUACUGA